AUGACUGUUACGACCUGUAUGAAAGAGCUGGAGCGCCAGCAAUGUUUUAUCGACUACCCAAAAGCACAACAAGGACCAGAGACGACGAUAAAACCAAGGAAGCUCGAUAAUCCAGUCUUGAGGGGUCCGGUAUUAGUCCUUGUUGUAUUCUUUAUCAACUGCAUCCGCUUCAUCCGAGAAAUAGUCUGGCACAACGCCGGUUUCGCCUCAUUGAGAAACAUUCGUGAAUCUCUCGAAGUCUAUGAAGCACGAUACGACCCAGCAGUAAUCCCACUACCCGGCUACUCGGGAUCUGCUAGCGAGACAUCUGGUGAUACAACCACACAGGUCGAUAUUGAUACCCGACAAACAAUCACACCUCCAGAAUCCGUCAUCGAGGAGGCGGUACCCGAAACACCAUAUUACUCCAUCGCCGAUUACCGAAAACUAUAUCUCUCUGGCAAAGCCACACCAACAGACGUGGCAAAUGCCUUAUUACCGCUUAUUCGUCGGGAUAUCAACGGGAAACACUCGACAUCCUUUAUCAGCACAAGAGUAGAUCUUGUUUUGAAAGCAGCCGAGGAAUCAACAAUUCGAUAUCGCGAGGGGCGGCCGCUUGGACCGCUAGAUGGUGUUCCUGCCGCUAUCAAAGAUGACUUCGAUAUGGAUGGUUAUGAAAUGACGAUGGGUUCGAAGAAUAAUUAUACAGGUAAAGGCGUCAGCACGGGAUCUAUCACAAAUUGGUCUGCCCGUAAGCUCCAGGAUGCGGGCGUAAUUAUGCUGGGCAAGCUAAAUAUGCAUGAGUUCGGAAUGGAUACCACAGGCAACAAUCCCAUCCACGGCACACCCCUCAACCCUUUCAAUCCAAAGUACUAUACAGGAGGGAGCUCAUCAGGCGCUGCCUACGCCGUAGCCGCAGGUUUAAUCCCGAUAGCCCUAGCUGGCGAUGCAGGAGGUAGUAUUCGCAUCCCAGCAUCUUACUGCUCCGUCUUUGGCCUCAAACCAACCCAUGGCCGUCUCUCGUCGUUCCCAACACCGAACCCUGCGCCGACAUGCUGUGUACAAGGCCCUAUGGCAGCAGACAUGCACUCCCUCGCAACAGUGUACGAUAUCGUCGCUGAUCCGCAUCCCACGUCUCGUUUUCCUAGACUUUACAGGGAGCCGUCGCGGGGCAGGAAGAUUCUCGGUAUUUAUGAGCCGUGGUUUGAUCUUGCAGCGCCGGGUGUGCAGGCUAUUACAAGACGGAUGAUCAGCAAACUUUGCACCGAGUUCAACUAUGAGAUCGUGCCCAUCACAAUACCGUUUACAGAAGAAGGACAAAUUGCACAUGCAAUGACUGUUUUGGCAGACGCCGCUUCUCUACUACCAGAAUCAUCAAACACAACAGCCGCAAAUAAACUCCUCCUCGCAAUGGGCCGCACAACACCAGCAGGAGAUUACGUCCUAGCUCAAAAGCUCCGAAAUUUAUUAAUGCAGCAUCUUGCGCAUUUGUGGCAGAUGCACCCUGGUAUGAUGAUAAUUACACCAACGACAGCUUGCCCGGGGGCACCGAUAAAAGGCGGCGCAAAUGAACUCAAGUAUGGAUUGAGUGAUGGGGAUAGGACGAUAGAGAGCAUGACUUAUGUUUGGCUGGCCAAUUUCUGCGGCAUGCCUUCUCUGUCUGUUCCUGCGGGAUAUGUCAUACCUGAAGGACAGGAUCGGGCGGGUGAAGAGGCUCAUGAGAGUACUGUUGAAGAGGUACCUGUGGGGUUGAUGGUUACUGGUGAAUGGUGUACUGAGAAGGCGCUGCUGGAGUUUGGUGUGGAGGCAGAGGCUGUGUUGGGCGAGAAAAGAUGUAGACCAUCUGUUUGGGAGGAUAUCAUUGAGCAAGCUAAGAAGAUUGCUGGGAGUAAUGAAAAAUGA